CGGCCAUAUUGGUGGUGGCAGGAAGUGCAUUUAAAUAUUGGCAUGGAGUCGGGUAUGAGUAAUGACUACAUACAAAGGUACGCAGAUAACCUGCCCUGCGGUGUUUAAAUUUUACCAGGGAUGCUGCUAACUUCAAGACAUUAGGAUUGUAUAGGGAGAAAUGAAGAAGGUGGUCUUUGGGAUGUGAUAGUGAAGGGUCAAGGAGGUGGUUCAAUAUGUGAUCUACAACCCUCAUCAUGUGCUUCUCUGCAGUGAUCAGAACGCCUUGCUUCCAUCUCUUGGCUCUCUUCAUCUCUACUCUAUUUCUGGCCACUUUUUGUUUCCACGGCCUCCUGUAUUCCCCCUUGUUUUCUCGCAGACUCCACCUCCAGCAAUUAAGUCGGGAUUUCUUACAGCAAAACUUGAAGGAUGGGACUAAUGCCCUGAAACAUUUUCAGCAGCUUGUUUCCACAGGACCCUAUAACAUAUCAGUCCCUUGUAACCACAGACCCGUGGAGAGCUGGAAGGCAACACCUGCAGAUACAAGCACACCCCUCAUCAUCACCAUCAUUACGACAAGACGCCGGCCUGAAUACCAUUACCUCCUGCAAGUUGCACAUGGAUUUCUUGAUCGACUAAAUGAAUGUGGAACAGACUGUUCAGAUUUUAAGCUUUUAGUCUGCAAUGUGGACCCUGUGCCCAAUGCACACACUGAUGCCUGUCUCCUCUCCCACUUCUUGCCAUCAGUGGCACGCCAUCUUGAUGAACAUGUAGCUGAAGCCCCCAACCGUUUUGAGCAGGAGAAGCAAGAUUAUGCCUACUGCCUGGCUCGUUCUCUGGAGCUCUACACUCCAGAAUACGUGCUGCUGGUUGAGGAUGAUGCUGUCCCACUCAAAGAUAUUUUCAGUGCCUUCUUCCAUUUAGUCCAAGUGCGUUUCCCUACAGAACCUCUAGGGGGAGGCCUGUACACGAAACUAUAUCAUCCAGAAAGAUUGCAGGGUUAUGUGAACCCGGAGCCUAUGCGGAUUUUGGAAUGGAUUGGCCUGGGAGGGGUUUUGGGUUUGGUUCUCACUUGGUUGUACACCGUUAUUUUUUACCGACCACGGUUUAGCUGGCCUAUGUUUGUUGUCUUGACUAUUUAUGUCAUGCUGCUGGCAGAGCUUGCAGGUAGGCAUUACCUUCUGGAACUGCGCAGGGUGUCGCCUGCUCUUUACAACGUGGUGCCUGUCACAGAAUGCUGCACACCAGCCAUGCUGUUCUCUGAAACCUCUGCCCGGAGGACCUUGCAAUAUCUAGAGGAAUUGCAAUGUGCACCGGGUUAUGCCAAGGAUAUUGCCCUGUACAAGGAACUUAGGAAAAGGAAGGAGUGGGCAUGGGCACUGGAACCCAACCUGGUUAAACAUGUAGGAAUGUUUUCUUCUCUCAGAGGAUGGUAUGAAGGAGAAGAGCCUAUGCUGCUAUGAUUGCGAGGAAAUAAAUGUAUAUCCACUGCAAUCCUAAUAGAAACUGCACUACUAUUGAUUGGAGAGUCUACUACUCCCCCUCAGUAGCUUUAUUCGUCUAGGGCUGUAUCCAUUAAAGGGGUUCUCCAAGAUUUGUGAAAAUUUGUCGGGGGACAAGAGGCUUGAUGAAAUUAUCAUUUUAAAAAUUACCUUUAAAUUCUACCGUGGCCACAUGCUGUUAUCAUUCCUAUGACCAUUGCAGCCAAUCACUGGCAUCAGCGUUCACAUGCCAUUCAUGAACACAUGACUGCUGAGGCCAGUGAUUGGCUUCAGGAGUCAUGUGCUGCAGUUGAUGACAUCAAAUUCAUCGUUCCCGUUUUAAAGGGGUUUACCGGACCUGUAAAGGGAAGAUUACUUACCUGUUUCCCGGCGCUGUCAGUCAGUAAGUAGGACUGUCCAAAUGACUCCAAAGCAAUGAAAGACCAAAGGGUUUAAUGAAUUACAAGUUUUGCCGAAUCUUUUCCCAUAAAACUGCAUAUCAAUCUGCUCAGCUCCUCCUGCUCUAUAACUGCAGACUGCAUUACAUUUUAGAGGGGUUUUCCACCUUAUUAUUUUUUACACUUGUGUUGGAAACGGCAGUAUAGGAUAUUUUUCUUAGAAUAUCAUCGUCGAUGUCCUCCUCUGAGAAGCGCUCUUCAUUGAAUUGCAUCAUGGGAAACUAGCUUUUGAGCUUUGAGUCAUUGGAGACAUACUUGUUCCUAAAAGGGUUGCCACAUCUCCCCCCC